GUCUUCUUCGAACCUGGAGCUGCCUCCGAGGCGUUCCCAACAUGCUGAACAUCCCGAGCCAGUCGUUCCCCGCGGCGCGCUCCCAGCAGCGGGUCGCUGCGUCCGGCCAGUCCGGAAGAAACAAGGUGGCCUUGAAGCCGGGCCAUAGUCUGAUGGACUGGAUCCGGUUUUCCAAGAGUGGAAAGGACCUGACGGGGCUCAGGGGCCGCCUGAUUGAGGUCACCAAGGAGGAGCUGCAGAGACACAACACAAGAAAUGACUGCUGGACGUGCAUACGAGGUAUGGUUUAUAAUGUGACCCCAUACAUGGACUACCAUCCUGGUGGGGAAGAGGAGCUGAUGAAGGCAGCUGGAAUAGAUGGCACUGACCUGUUUGACCAGGUCCAUCGCUGGGUAAACUAUGAGUCCAUGUUAAAGGAGUGCCUGGUGGGGAGGAUGGCCACUACAGCAAUGAAAGCCAUCGUACCCUCUUCACCUCAGAGCAGCCUCGCCCCCCCCUUGUCAAUGGCCGCUCCCACAGAAAAAGACUCCCGGCCGCGGUACGACUGGUUCCAAACUGAUGCCACUGUUAAUCUGGUGGUCUAUGCUAAACGAAAGAUCCCCAGCUCCGGCUGUACCACUGUUGACCUGGAGGCGGGGGUUCUCCGGCUGGAGGUGGUGCUGGGGAACAUGUCCUACAUGAUCCACUUACGUCUGGCUGAUGACGUUGAGGGAAACGUUGCUGUCCACAAUGCCCUCCUGGUGGGAAAGAUCCAGGUCAGCAUACGCAAGCAGACUAAAGGAAAAUGGAGCAGUCUUGGUCUGCCACUGGAAUUGCACAAUACAUUUCUACGCAAGAAGGACCGAGCUCUGCACUAUCGGGAUUGUGUGUUGGUGUCAAAGACGGAGGUGAACCACAAUACCCAUGUGUUCCGAUUGCAACUUCCUCGUGGGACAGUCAUGCAUGUGCCUGUUGGGAAACACGUCUACCUCAAAGCCCUCACUCAAGGCACCGAGGUGGUGAGGCCAUACACUCCAGUAGAUCAGAGCCUGGUAGCCGCCCCCCUCCCCUCCUCCCAGGAAGCAGACCUCUACCUCAUGAUCAAGGUCUACCCUGACGGAGUGUUCACCUCUCAUCUCAGCAGUCUGCACGUCGGCGACUGUUUACCAGUUAGCGGUCCAGAGGGUACUUUCAGUCUCCGCCCCCUGCGUGAUGUCACAGACCUCUACCUAUUAGCAGCAGGCACAGGGUUCACACCCAUGGCUCGCCUCAUCCAGCUGGCCCUACAGGACGUGGACACCAUCAGGAAAACCAAGCUGCUCUUUCUGAACCGCCGAGAGGAGGACAUUCUGUGGCGCCGGGAACUGGAUGAACUGGCUGCUCGCAGUGACAGGUUUCAGGUAGACUACGUGCUCUCCGAUCCCACCGACAGCUGGACCGGCAGGACAGGGAGGGUGGACGAGUCAAUGCUCCAGGACUUCCUCACCAGGCCAGACGGGUCCAAAUGCUAUGUGUGUGUGUGCGGCCCUGCGGCUUUCACGGAGCUAACAGUGGGGUUGCUGAAGCAGCAGGGCUUCAGUGAAGACGAGCUCCACGCCUUCCUGGGCUGACGGAGCUUAGACUCCACCCAACUCCACCCUGCAAAGUCUUGAGUGCCUGUAAGACAGACACCGUUGACAUUCAUUUAUAUACUUGCUUGUGAGAAAUGAAUGGGAAGAAGUUGUAUUUCUAUGCACCAAGGUAACCCCCCCCCCCCCCAGCUGUUAUGGGUUGUAAAACAGUCACACAUUCUCAGUGUCUAAAACAAAGUUUAAACUUUGCAACGGUUUGUCAAAUAUCAGACCCAGAGCAAUAAAUGUGAUGAUGUAAACUGGUGUAUAUGAUGUAUACGGAUGGAAUGAACCUAAGGAUAUUUAUGGGUCCCAUUGUUCCAGUUACACAGAUGCAGUUGUUAAAUAAAUCCAUUAUGGACACGUUUUAAAGGGCUUGUGGCAGGUUACAUAUACUUUCAAUAACAUUAAAUUUGAAUGUUUUAAAGAAAUCCAAAUGUGCUGACUUGCGUUUUUAAUGACAAACUAUGCAAUGACUUCUUAGUGGCAUACAUUUUAUCAUUUCAUGUAUAUACAUACAAUAUAUGUAUAUAUUUAUAUUUAUGUGAGGAAUCAAUUCAAUUAAAUAAAUUUUGACUGGCCCAAAUAUGCCUCAGAGGCUUUUUAUAAUCUGACCAUGGACAAAAAAGCUUAUUUCAGAGUAAUCUUUCUCUUCAUAUUUGCAUCAAGAUCAACAUCCCCUGUCCCAGGAACCCACGUGGACACAGGAUGGAGAACGGUUAGGAAAAGAGGAAGACGCUGUGAGGGUAACAAUGUGGGGAUCCUCUGUCAGGAUGAAGUGGGACAGAUGUAGAAUGUUAAAAUACGUUCAAUGCGUGUUAAAGAGAGUAAGCCGUUCAAUCCCCUUUUCCACAUUUUUGAAUUCUGGACAUCAUGGAAGACGUGUCCAACAGACUGUGAGAUGUGAUGUGGGAUUCGAUCUGUCCA